AGACGAUUCCGCGCUGUAUCCUUCCGCCUGCAGUAGAAGUGCUGAGGCUAGGGCCGCCGCCAUUUUGAAUGUCUGGUCCGUUCCUCCCUCCGUCGCAAACAGAGACGAUUCCAGCGCUUUCCUGGUGUCAGUACGGCUGAGGAUGCCAGCUCCGAUCAGACUGCGGGAGCUGAUCCGGACCAUCCGGACGGCUCGGACCCAGGCAGAGGAGCGGGAGAUGAUCCAGAAAGAGUGUGCUGCCAUCAGGUCAUCCUUCAGAGAAGAAGACAACACGUACCGCUGUAGAAAUGUGGCGAAGCUGCUUUAUAUGCACAUGUUGGGAUACCCAGCACAUUUUGGGCAGCUGGAGUGCCUAAAGCUGAUCGCAUCACAGAAAUUCACCGACAAGCGAAUAGGCUACUUGGGGGCAAUGCUGCUGCUGGAUGAGAGGCAGGAUGUACAUCUACUAAUGACGAACUGCAUUAAGAAUGAUCUAAAUCACAGCACACAGUAUGUUCAGGGACUGGCCCUGUGCACCCUGGGAUGCAUGGGUUCUUCAGAAAUGUGUCGUGACCUGGCUGGGGAAGUAGAGAAGCUCCUCAAAACAUCAAACUCCUACUUAAGGAAAAAGGCAGCGUUGUGUGCAGUUCAUGUCAUUCGCAAGGUGCCAGAGUUGAUGGAGAUGUUUCUGCCCGCAACGAAAAACCUGCUCAGUGAGAAAAAUCAUGGAGUUCUCCACACGUCUGUUGUCCUACUCACCGAAAUGUGUGAGCGGAGUCCCGACAUGCUUACUCACUUUAGAAAACUGGUUCCACAAUUGGUGCGAAUCCUGAAGAACCUCAUCAUGUCUGGAUACUCUCCCGAGCAUGAUGUGUCUGGCAUCAGUGACCCUUUUCUGCAGGUGCGGAUAUUGAGGCUACUGAGAAUUCUGGGGAAGAGUGACGACGAUUCUAGUGAAGCUAUGAAUGACAUUCUUGCACAGGUCGCGACAAACACAGAAACGAGUAAAAAUGUAGGCAAUGCAAUCCUAUACGAAACUGUUCUAACCAUUAUGGACAUCAAAUCAGAGAGUGGAUUAAGGGUAUUAGCCAUCAAUAUCCUGGGACGUUUUCUUCUUAACAAUGACAAAAACAUCAGAUACGUGGCUCUGACGUCUUUACUGAAAACAGUGCAGACAGACCACAAUGCCGUGCAGAGGCAUCGGAGCACCAUCGUGGACUGUUUGAAAGACCUGGACGUCUCCAUCAAAAGACGUGCGAUGGAGCUGAGCUUUGCCCUGGUAAAUGGCAAUAACAUCCGAGGCAUGAUGAAGGAGCUGCUGUAUUUCUUGGACUCCUGUGAUCCGGACUUCAAAGCUGACUGUGCAUCAGGGGUCUUCCUGGCUGCUGAGAAGUAUGCACCCUCCAAAAGAUGGCACAUAGACACAAUUAUGAGGGUGUUAACAACGGCGGGGAGUUACGUCAGAGAUGACUCUGUUCCAAACCUCAUCCAGCUCAUCACGAACAGUGUGGAGAUGCAUGCGUACACUGUACAGAGGCUCUACAAAGCCCUUCUGGAUGACAUCUCACAGCAACCUUUGGUUCAGGUGGCGUCCUGGUGCAUAGGAGAGUACGGAGACCUACUGGUCUCAGGCCAGUGUGAGGAGGAGGAGCCAAUCCAGGUGACUGAAGAUGAGGUCUUGGAUGUUUUGGAAGGUCUCCUCGUCUCCAACUUGUCCGCACCUGUAACCAGAGGUUAUUCACUGACCGCCAUCAUGAAGCUGUCCACACGUUUCAGCAGCGUGAACCGGAUAAAGAAGGUGGUGUCGAUAUAUGGCAGCAGCAUAGACGUGGAGUUGCAGCAAAGAGCUGUGGAGUACAAUGCACUUUUCAAGAAAUACGAUCACAUGAGGCCUGCCUUAUUAGAGAGAAUGCCCAUUAUGGAGAAAACCGCCACAAAUGGCCCCACAGAGAUUGUACAAACCAACGGAGAGACGGAGUCUUCUGCACUGGAUUCAAAACACCCGCCCAGCAUCACUCAGCCAACAAAUCAGGCGAAUGAUUUAUUAGACCUGCUUGGAGGAAAUGACGUGCCUGUGAUCCAAACGGCUCUACCCACUAAACCUGCCUCAGCUGGAGGAGAGCUACUUGACCUUCUGGGGGACCUCUCUCUGUCUGGUGGUCCAACCCCUGCCCCUGCUCCCUCUGUGCCCAUCUCCCAGACCCCAUUUCUCCUGGAUGGCCUCUCCUCACAACCCCUCUUCAAUGACACUGCAGCAGGCAUUCCUCCGAUGACUGCGUACAACAAGAACGGCCUCAAAAUCGAAUUCACCUUUGAGAGGUCCAACCCAAACCCCAACAUUUCAGUUAUCACCAUCCAUGCCUCCAACUCCACCGAGGCAGACAUGACGGACUUUGUAUUCCAGGCUGCAGUACCAAAGACAUUCCAGCUGCAGCUCCUCUCCCCCAGCAGUAAUAUCGUCCCAGCACUCAACCAGGGAAGCGUCACACAGGUCAUCAGGGUACUAAACCCACAGAAGCAACAGCUGCGAAUGCGAAUCAAGCUGACCUACACCCUGAAAGGCGCGCCUGUUCAAGACCUGGCCGAGGUCAACAACUUCCCCCCUCAGUCCUGGCAGUGAUUUUGCGGUUGCUCUCGUUCUUAAAGACCCCCUCCAAGGGAACUAUGGGAAAGAUCGCCCUUCCCCAUCUCCGACUGAUCCCCCUGUGACAUCACUGCACAUCGCUGCCCCGGGGUUGCAUGGGAAGCAGUGGAAUCUUCCUAACACACACACACACACACAUACGUACACACACACACAUAGACACACACACACACUCAAAAAGAGCUGAUGGUAUGAAGACCAUGAUGACCAUGAAGAUUACCACGACAAUGAUGAACCAUCCACCUGAAACAACAUCUCAGUACAUCAGUACAUAUCCAUUUUACUAAUCGCCCCCUGCUCCACCUCCUCCUCCUCCUCCUCCUUUUCUUCUCGUUCACUCUGAUUUGGUCUCACCACAGUCUUGUUUCAGUCUGUGCUUCUUACUCUCUGUCUGUCUUUCCGUCUGUCUUUCUGUCUGUCUGUCAACUCUAGAGUUCCUUCUUUUCUUAUAGUAUGCUCUGUGCAUACAUACACACACACACACACACACACACACUCGUACACGAAUGCGUACACCCCAAGCUGGCCCACUGGCUGUCUGUAGAUGGAAUAUACCACGCUCACGGUCACUCUGGAGAGGAGCUCGUUGGUAUGAGCACUUGUUUGAUUUGUAUGUCUGUUUUUGGUUUUGAUUUUUUUUCUUUCUUGUUUUUAAUCUUUACUGUUGAUGGAUUUGGGGUCAUUUUAAUGAAAAGAAGAAAAUGAAAAAAUGCUUUGAAAUAUAUAAAUAACUAAACUAAAUUGCAUAGUCUAUGAAUGUUUGCACCUUGUCUUGUCCAACUCUCACUGGCAUUUCAGAGUCCGGAGCGUCACGGUUCGUGAUGGGGCUCGGAAGUCAUUGUGUGGCAUUUCAUUACCUCUUGAGAGUUGGCUUGUCUCCUUAUCUUAUGUGCUGUAAUAAAGAAUAUCAGAUCAUUGCUCCAAACAGAACCUAUGUGGUGGCUGUACCGUGUUCGUAAAUAUAUAAAAAAAAAUCAUUUGCUGCACUAACAGGCAUUUUUUUUUUUCUUCAAGCGUUUUUUUAAACAACUGAAAGUCCGGACCGUCUACAAAAUGCACCUGAAAGUACAAACCAAGGCUAAUGUGAUUUUCCGUUCUUUUGGUUCGGUUAGUUUUGGUUUCACACUAACUGCAGUUUAUUGGCUGAGCUCACUAAAGAAAUUUGCUGCUUUCUGUCAUCAGCACAUACGUGGGCGCAGCCUCCCCAUACUGUGCAUUUGAUUGGUUUGUAGAAUGGCUGAACACAUUGGAUUUUGACGUGUUGUCAACUCUACAGGUUGCCUUUCCAGGCAGUUAAUCUACAGUUACAGUAGAUAUAGAAACCACCAGAGCAAUUCAUGUAAAGAAGGAGGGGGGCUGGUUUCAGCACAGCACUGGUUCUUUUUCUUCUAUUGUUUAAUGGUUGACGACAGCCUGCCUCAACCUCCUGCGGUUGGUCUGAAAAAGUCAGAACUAUCUGAAAAAAGUCUAAACCAUCCCAAAAAAGUGCUUUCACACUGCAAACGAACCAGUUAAUGGUUCAUCUGGUUUUAGUACUAAGGAAAGAGCCAUGAUUCACGGCACCAUUUACGAUUGCUUUCUUUUUUGGGUCAGGCUUUCUGCACAAACUGUAAAAAAGGUCUGAAGGCCAAUUCUUAACGACAUCAAUAAGAAAAAGCAGCCUUGCUGAGCUAAUUGGUAAUAUUUAGAUAUUUAAAUGAAGAAGCCCCUCUUUUGGAGGUGAAUGAGUGGAAAGGAGAUGAAUUGUGCCCAUGGUUAUACUCUGUAGGCUUGUAUAGAUGAUGGGUCAUUCUGUAGUCUGCUCCAUGUUAUGCCCAUUUUUGGCUCUUCAUGCUUCUCCAUCAGCAGCCGGAGUCUGAGAGAGCACAACUAGCCAUGCUCUAUCACUCCCUGGUUAGUAAUGGCAAAUACUGGUUGAUGUAUCUGAUGUAGAAAAAUUCAGGUUCGACCCUCUUUAUGCCGGAUAUGUGCAUAUAUUUGGAUAUAUCGAUGACUACAGAAUGAUACAUUACUUUAGUGGUUGUUUUUUGAGCUUUUUUUGUGUAAUUUGUUAAGUUGUUGAAAGCUGCUAGAGAUUUAAAACUAAUUAUUCUGAGCAGGCUGGUGCAAAACAGCACAGUAUAUCAAUCUAUCACUCAGUGCAAAUGUAACAGCAGAAACUGGAAGUCUAGAUCAGUCUAAUGUAAGAUGUUAGAAAUUACAAUUAUUUGAAUAUUUGAAUUAACUGUGGCCCACUGAAGCAGUGUGGAACCAGAUGGGGUCAGCAGUCUAGACAAUGUAAAUGUUAAUGUAAGCGUACACUGUAUGUGCAACCCCUUAUGAAUGUAGUCAUAUGCACUGAAUGGAUUUCCUAGGUUUUUUUCUCCUUUUUUAAAAUUAGUCUUUCUUUCUGCAGAUUUUUGAAGUUUGAAGUAAAAAAUUAUUAUUGCCUGAUUUCAAAGCGAUGUGCCUUUUGCUGAAACUGGUAGAACCGAAACCCUCUGACUUUGUAUUUCAGGUCGCGGGGUGGGUGCUGCCACACAAAAGAGAGAGAAAGGAGAGAGCGAGCAAGCUUGGAAUACUUUUUUCAUUUCACAUUUAUUAAUAGUUCUAAGUUCUAAUUAUUCAGACAGGACUUUUUGUUUUUGAUGGUGGAGAAUAUCCUGUAUAAGCCUUUGUUGUAGGCUGGUGGUACAGUUUUUUGGAUGUGUAAUGCUGCGUUCCACUUAAACUUGGAUGGAAGUAAGUUGGAAGUUUGAACUCUUAGCACUCGUGCAGGUCCGAUUUCCUACUUUAUUAGCUGAUGCUAAUGCUGCUCCAGCAGUGCUAGCCAGGGUGAGCAGCUGGCUGCAGUCUGAUAAUACUCACCUCUGAACGACCAUAACACUAGCGCUUAGUGCGGUUGGUGGUUAAUGCUAAUGCUGCUCCAGCAGUGCUAGCCGGGGUUAUCAGCAAGCAACAGGGCGAUAAUUCUCAUCUGUGAAACGGGAAAAUAGCGGUUAGUGGCUAAUGCUUAUGCUACUCCAGCCUUAGUGAUGAGAACUAAACUGAAACUCCUGUAUAACGCUGCACUUCAGUGGAGUGGCUUUACUGCUUCUUAAUACCUGACUGGUAGAAUUCAUACAUAAGGCACACUGAUGUUUUUUGGGGGAAAAUUAAAGUAAUUUAAGUGCUCAUUAUAGUGUGAAAAAUGGCCAUAUUACACUUCCACAACAUAUUUUAAAUCGAGAACAAAAUCUGACUAAAACCUUGUGGUUAAUGUGUACCGUUUGGCUCAAUAAUGCACUGAAAUAUAAUUUUUCGACUUUCGAUUCUGGCUACUGCACCUGCGCAGAUCUCCACACCUAAAAGGGCUUCCCCACAAGCAUGCUGACCCUUCUCCACUCUUAGCAUAAACAGCAAUCUGAUUGGCUCUUUUUUGUAGGGUGGGACUUCUCGGGAAUAUCUUUUAAAUGGAUGCUGGGUUGAGUCAAAUUCAAGCCAUGAUUUCAGAAUCCAAGAUGGCUGCCCUGCACACCAACAAAGUAGUUAAUGCUGGUACUCUUAAAGUUCUCACUUCUAUCCAUUUCUAUUAGUGUCUCAUUAAAUCAGUCCCACACACAAAUUACUGUCCAACUCCUAUCCAUGGACAUUCUUCCAUAAUGUUGGACAAAAUGUGCAAAAUACUGUAUAAUGCGAUAACAUCUAGUGUUGAAAGCAAUGCUAAGUCAUGGCUGAUAUCUGAACGAUUAACUGGAACCCCAUUCCCAGCUCUAACAUCCGAAUUAAAUGGAACGCAGCAUGAGAUACAGUAAAAGUACAGUAAUCUAACCUGAAUACCUCACAUCAAUUCUUUCAGAACUUUUAUUUUGAAAUGUCGACAGUACCGCAACUGUUAGUUUCGUAGAGUCGUCGUUCGCAUGGUUCUAAGCCAUUAUUAUGGGGAAAAGCUUGCUUAGUGUUGUUCACAAAUCCACCACCACAUCAUCACUAACGAACUGACUCGGCUCUCUUGCUGCUGCUCUUCUUCAUACGAGUCUUCAUAUACACCCAGUGACCAGAUUUUGCAGAUGAAUAUUCAUAUAAUGUUCGCUAUGCCUCAUUUAUCAAUUUUUGAGUUUUGUGACCAAAUCAGAGAUGUUCCUUUUAGGCUUUGAAAAUAAUGUUAAGCAAUGUUGUUUGUGUGUAUAUGGAGAUAAAAAAGACUGCAUUCUGUUACUCUGUUAAUUAAUUUUCUUUUUUUUCUGUCUUUCUUUGUUUGGCUUCUUUGGGCUUUUUUUGUACAUAUUGAGGGCUUUGAAGAUGAAACGUUGAAAUGAUGCAACUCUCCUUGUCAUCCUUUUUUUUUCUUUUCUUUAUUUUUUAAAAUUAGAUUUUUGACCAUUUUCUAAAACUUCCUUCCAGUAACUGCACAGUAAUCAUAUAUACACAGAAUCAUAGUCUAAUUUAACUUCCCUGUUUGAUUGAUUGAUUGGUUGGUUGGUUAAUUGAAUGAUUGAUUGUUUAUUCAGAUGGAAAUGUAUUAUCUGCUGCCUGUAUAUUGUAUAUAAUUGUAAAAGUCGACAAAAAAAAAAAAAGAUCAAAUCAAAUAAACUCCCAUUCAAAGACCCGUGAAGAUUAGCUAGGGCCUGUACUGUACUUGUACACCAGUGUAAAGAAUCAAAGGAUCAACCCUGCAUUUCAGUUUCAUCUUAAUUUUAACCCUGUUUACACCUGUUCACUUCAUGUGUCUUUAGUACCAAGGUUAAUCAGGUAAACACACUCAAGAUUCAUUUAGAAGCAAAUACAAAUCCGCUCUUUCAAACCACUUUCAUGACCUGUUUUUACCUGGUCGCUUAAUAUUACAUUUUAAAAAUCAGGAUUAUCUUUUAUCUGGCCAAGUCACAUAAAACUGCACCCAAUACACAUUUAAAACUAAUAUAAAUCUGAUCACUCAGACCACUUUAAGACCCCUUGUAAAUCUGGUUGCUUCAUGUGUCUUGAGAAAGGAGUCUGGAUUAGUUGUAAGUGUAAACACCUCCAAAACGUGAUUAAAACAAACCAAAGCACAUUAAGACCGUGUUUACACCUGGCCAUUUUAUGUGUUUUGAAAAUCUGGAUCAUAUCUGGACAUUGUCAACUGUAUGAAAACUUGGACAACUAAAACUGACACAAAUCUACCCUCUUCAGAAGGUUGUCUGAGACAUGUUUAUAAUACGAUACAAAAUGAGCGCGUAAACCACUUUAGGAGUUGAUCUGAGGUGUAUAUAAAACUGAAACAAAUCUGAUUGCCCAAACCGUCUUCAGAAGGUGGUCUGAGAUGCAUUUAAAAUGAUUUAAAUACGAUUGCUCGCACCACUUCAGGAAGUUGUCUCUGAUUCAAAUCUGAUCACUCAAACUGCUUCAGGAGGUGGUCUGAGACGCAUUUAAACCAAAUCCAAAUCAGAUUACUCAAACCUCUUCAGGAUGUGGUCUGAGACGCAUUUAAAACAAGGAAAAUCCAGUUGCUCAAACCACUUUAGAAGGUGGUCUUAGACAGCAUAAAACAGACACAAAUCUGUCUACCAAACUGCUUCAGGAGGUGGUCUGAGACGCAAUAAAACCAAAUCCAAAUCAGAUUACUCAAACCCCUUCAGGAGGUGGUCUGGGGGGGGGGGGGGCUUUUUCUAAAUCUUUUGUUUUGUCUUUUGAUGCACUACUAAAAAGAGGUCUUUCAAUGCAACCUGAGGACUUGGAGGGUCUUUAAGGACCCUAAACCAUUGGACUUUUUUUUCUAACUUUUGUUUUUUGUUUUUUUUCUGUACAUACUGAGAACUUUAAAGAUGAAAUCGUUUGAUCUUGACUUUGUCAAAUGUCUCAAAGCACUUCAGAAGCUGGGCUGAGAUGCAUUUAAAACUGGAGGUAGUGUCCUUUUGUGUCUGUCCGUCUUUGUUUGAUUUGAUGGUCUCAGACACACUUAAAACCGAUACAAAUCUGAUUACUCGUCCUGCUUCAGGAGGUGGUCUGAGACGCGUUCAAACCAUUUUACAACAAAUCUGACCAGGUUACAGUUUAGAUACUUUUCACAUGAAGUGACCAGAUUUAAACAGGGUCUUGGUUUUAUACUUGUUUUAUUGUUAUUUUUUCCAUUACCAUUUUGCUAAUUGAGUUUAGAGCUUGGGGAUUGCUGGUGGUUUAUGUUUGAUGCACUACUUAAAAGAGGUCUUUCAAUCUAACUUAAAAACUUUGAGGGUCUUUAAGGACUCUGGUUUCCCAACUGUGCCCCCAAACCAUUGGAUCAAAAGACACAGGAUUGAUGUAAUGCCAGCAGAACUGCAGUAGAAGCUUGUUAGGGAAUGACUGUAAAGUCUCUGAUGAAGGCCUUAUGAUCAAUUAUUGGAAUAUUUUGUGUUGAUUACGAAAAACAUUCUAUUGAAACAAACAUAUUUUCUUUGUGCCUCCAUAAACACCAAAGUCUCUCUGCAUGUUAAAUGCAGGCCACCUGCAGAGACAGAGGUUUUUCACCUUUGAUUGGCGAUGGCGUAUUCCAUCUACAACAUGCCAUGUUCUCAAGUCUCGUAAGUGUCACUGCUGAAUUCACUGAUAAAACUUCAGUCCAGUCUUGAAUGUUUCUCUAAUACCAGUGUAAAACAGCCACUAUCAAUAUGCAGUGUUCGUCAUUCUAUCAUCAUGGUCAAAUGAAGGGCAUCUAUAUAUACAGCUCUGGAAACUAAAAUUAAGAGAGCACUUCAGUUUCUGAAUCAGUUUCCCUGAUUUUGCUGUUUAUAGGUUUAUAUUUGAGUAAAAUGAACAUUGUUGUUUUAUUCUAUAAACUACAGACAACAUUUCUCCCAAAUUCCAAAUAAAAAUAUUCUCAUUUAGAGCAUUUAUUUGCAGAAAAUGAGAAAUGGCUGAAAUAACAAAAAAGAUGGAGAGCUUUCAGACCUCAAAUAAUGCAAAGAAAACAAGUUCAUAUUCAUGUUUCAAAAAGUCUAUAUUUGGAUAUUUGAUAGAAUACCCUAUCAAAAAAAAACCUAGUUUUUAAACAUCACAGUUUUCAUCAUGCAUCUUGGCAUCAUGUUCUCCUCCACCAGUCUUACACACUGCUUUUGGAUAACUUUAUGCUGCUUUACUCCUGGUGUAAAAAUCAAGCAGUUCAGUUUGGUUUGAUGGUUUGUGAUCAUUCGUCUUCUUUUUGAUUAUAGUCCAGAGGUUUUCAAUUGGGUAAAAUCAAAGAAACUCGUCAUUUUUAAGUGGUCUCUUAUUUUUUUUCCAGAGCUGUAUAUUAUAUCUGGACACUUAGUACUUCUAUAAUAAUAACACACUGUAGUCCUGUAUCUGUUUUUUUAUCCUCCUUCCACCCGUUUUUUUCACUCCAACCUACAGCUGCUCAGAUAGAGAAGCUCUGAAUCUGUUGAUGCACAGUUUAUAUUGGUCAUGCUCUAGUUCUUCAUUUCUUCAGCAGUCACAGGACUCUACUGAAUAGUUGUUUCUGGUUGGUGGACUAUAUUCUCAGUCCUGCAGAGAGAGACAGUGAGGGGUUUAAAACCUCCAGCAGCACUUCUGCUGUAUCUGAUCCACUCAGUGUAUCAGAACCACACACACUAACACCUCAUACACCUCCACUACCAUGCUAAUCAGUGCUAAUUAAUCACUGUAGUGCUGAGAAUAAUAAUAAGCCAACAAAUAAGGUGAAAAAAGAGGAGAAACACAUACAGGACUACAGUUUGUAAUUAUUAUAGAACUACAAAACGUCCUGUAUGCUCAAUGGAGCUAAUAAAUUGGACAAUUAAGGUGGUGAUAAAGUUAUGGUUGGUUGUGUUCAUGCUGUUUAGGCUUCUCUCAAUCAGCUCCUUCCUUAUUCUAAAGGUGUGUGAUUACAGUGAGUGCGUGUGUUGGGGAGAACCCAAGAGGCGUGCACCUUCACGCUGCUGAUCAGAACUUUAGAAAUUUUGGCUGCACCUAAUAUGGUUCUUACGAUUCUUCUGAUUAUUUCGUUUGUUUUGACUCAGCUUCUGAGCUGCAUGAUGUGAAACCCGGCUGUAAAUACUGUCAUUUUUACUCUUUCUCUAAACUUCCUUUCCAAAUGCGAGAGAAGUUGCGAUCCUUAAACCAGGCGCUCCCCGCUGUCCCGACGUCUGUCCACAUAAACCGGAUUAUUUUGGGUCAGAUUUUCUUUCUUUCUUUUUUUGGCUGGAGGGCGUCCGAAAUAUAACAUCACCACAGUUGAUUUGGAUGUAGUUGUUUGACCAGGUGACCGCUCUGCUCUCCAUCUAUCACAUGCUUGGAUAUAGGAUGACCCCCACCAUCCGGACCCGCUGUUUGUAAACUGUAAAGCUAUGGGUUGUUCUUUUGGACUUGUAUCUAUUAUACAUGUGCCUCCUCCCCGGCCAUUUUACACUUUACUCUAUCUGACUACAUCUAAGCGUGCAGGGUGGGACGAGUACUCUCUCGGAUACAUACUCUCGACUCCACCCACCCCACCCCUAAAUGAGUUUGACAUGCUGAACUGAAUCACAGUGUCCUGUGUCUUCAAGGAGUGAGUGCUGGACUGAACAUAAUUGAUGAUGACGACGACGAUGAUGAUGAUGAUGAUGAUGAUGAUGAAUGAAAAUAACUUGUAAUCUAUUACAUGGGAUAUUUUAGACUUAUGCUGUGUAUUAUUGUCUUUUGGGUUGGAGAAAAUGAUGACCACAAGAAAUAAAAAGUCAAAACUAA